AUGGCAGUUCAUACAAAGGAAAAAAAUUAUUUAUGUGGACUUUGUAAUAAAAAUUAUCAACAAAAAUGGAAUUUAAUAACUCAUAUGGCUAGAGUGCAUUCGAAAAAAAAACCAUUUAAAUGCAACGAUUGUAACAAAGAAUUUGGAUAUUCUUCUCAUUUUAAAAAACACAAAGAGCAUAUACAUAAAGUAUAA